GAAUUGAAUCCUACUUCACAGAAAUUCACUUAUCGCAGUCGCGCUAAAUGGGGGAUUACUGUAUAAUACUGUAAUAUUUGACAUGUAUGCCUCUUUGUGUCCUGCAGACAUCCAGCAGCCCCCCUACGUUAAAGAGGAUGAGGAGAAACUCUGGACCCCUCAGGAGGGAGCGUGUCUUCUUGGGCUGGAGGAGUUGCCACUGACUGGUCUCUCUGUGAAGACCGAAGACCUCGAAGAGGAACCACAAGGAGACAACCUCUUACCUCCGCUGUCCGAUAGCGACGACACAACAUCACACUCUCCCGAGGUUGAAGACAGGGACAACAUCCAAGAACCUUUGAGCGGCGAUACAGACUGUGAAGGCGACAUCAAGACUGAUAACAAACACUCUAAAUGUCGGAAAGUUAGAAAAUGUUUUGCCUGCUCGGUUUGUGGUCAAAGAUUUCCUAAAAGGAGCGAUUUAAAUCGACACAUGCGGACGCACACAGGAGAAAAACCCUUUAUGUGCUCAAUUUGUGGCAAGAAGUUUGCUCAGACGUCCACUUUGAAGAAACACAUGAUGACGCACACUGGGGAGAAACCCUUCACUUGUUCAGUUUGUGGAGAAAGAUUCUCUCUCAAGUCAAACAUGGUCAAACACACCAAGACGCACGCCGGAGAAAAACCUUGUAGUUGUUCAGUUUGCGGGAAAAGUUUCUCCCAAAAGUCAAACAUGGACUCACACAUGCGAACGCACACGGGAGAAAAACCUUUCAGUUGUUCACUUUGUGUUAAAAGAUUCUCUCAAAAGGCAAAUAUGGUGUCACACAUGAGGGCGCACACGGGGGAAAAACCUUUUAAUUGCUCAGUAUGCGGUAAAGGAUUCUCUAAAAAGUCCAGUGUGGAACGGCACAUGUGGACACACGCAGGAAAAGAAACAUUCACUCAGCGUUAAAGGUGUGCAUAAAUAAAUAAUAAUUAUGUAAUUAGAAUAAUAAAAAAAAUGAAGUCAGAAAUACACACA